CCUUCGUGGGAGACGCGUCUGUCUUCCGUGAUCGCGUCGCACCGGUACGCAUGUUGUCAUCAUUGCACAGCAACCGUUGACCCCUAGUAGCACGCGAAUUCUCUUCGGAUCUCGCGAGUUACGAAUACGCAACGGGGGAGAGCAAGAGAAAGAGAGAGAGAGAAGAGGAGUUUGCAUCAACGUCGAGUACGACGUAUACAAGGACGGUGACCGCGUCGCACGAGGCUCAACAGUGAGAGGGAGAGAGGGAGGGAGAAAGUGCGUGGACAAAGGAGAGAGGAGAGGAGAGGAGAGGAACGCGAAGAAAAAGCUCUUUCUCUUGCUCUUUCUCUCUCUAUACCUCACCGGCUUUCCACACGAAUCGAUACCACGCGACCGUCGUCGUCGUCGUCGUCUUCUUCGUCGCCCGCCGGUCGUUCCUCUCUCUCAACCUCUUCUCGACCGCGAGUGCUCCGUUUUUUUGCCCGCCGCUGGACCUCGUGCGCGUCCUUCCACGAAAUUCGACCGCAAGGUCGCCCCGAGGACCGUGACAGUACUCACUACGCUGAUCUCCAUUUUCGUUACGAUCGAUACGUCGAUCGAUGCGGUUGGUGGAACGAUACGAGAUCGAUAAUCGAAGAGGUAAUGGCGAUCGUUGUUCGGACAGAGAAGUAAAGUUCGGAAAAGGUGAGCCGUGUUUUAUAGUGCGAAGCCGAGAUCUUUGAAAGGAAACGUUCCCUCUCGCGUACGCAGUGUUUUGUUUAUUCGUGAACCGGUCACAGGAUUGUAGUGCGUAUGUCCCUAUGUGCCACGUGACGUUUGUUUAUUUUUGGUGCUUUUUAUCGUCGCUCGGCCAACGGUAAUCUUACUACGCUUCACACCACAGAUACGAUUUCGGCUUCCGGAAUUGACCUUCGACAAGCCAGGUGUUCGUCGACUUUCACCACGCGUAUCUUCGAAGAUGUAGUUCUGAGACAUCGAGACAGAGGAACAUAGACAGAUAACACGGAUCGCCGCAGUGCAAUUCGCAGCAUCGUGAGACAGAGGGGCUGUGAUGAGGGAAGCCGGUUAAGGGAUCCUGUGUCGCGCAGGCGCCGCGCCGGUAGGAGUACAGGAAAGAUGCUGCCAUCCUCGAGAGCUUUAUUAAGCCCGCUGCUGCUUCUAAUCAUCGCUGGAAGCACCGGUGCCUUCAGCUCUCGACAAGGAGAAUGCACGUUUCCACCGAAAUGGGAAGGCACCUGGUUUCAGAGCGGAGUCAGACAGCCGAUCGUGAUCUCCAGAAACGAGCUGUCAAGCAAGGGCAGGUGCCUGCACAACGAAGGCGACAAGUUCCUUCUAGUGGACCAAAAAUCCUGCUACCGUUGCGUCGUCAUUCACGAGAAACACUCGAACGUUCUUCAGUACAAAGAAACAUACUGUCACGGGCGAAACUCGCUGUCAUCUUUGUGCUCGUACAUCACGGGCGAUGCCCUGCUGUACUCGAUGUUCAGGGAGGAGGCGACACCUGUGCCGUGCCCUUUUCGUGGACCCAUGACCUUCUCCUAUAACAGGGGCCACGGGACUUGCUCGGUGCCGGCCAGCAACGUCGACACCUGCACCGACGACAGCAGAUUGCUAUUCAGAUACCAAGCCUGUCCCGACAUAUCGGCCUCCGAGAGCGCAGUCGAAGAGCUGGAAUGCCUGGCUACCUGGAAGGAGGGCAGCAGUCGUUACCUGGUCGGCCGUUUACAUCACGGACACGCGUCGAGCAACGAAGAUCGAUACCGAUGCUUCGUCUACGAGAAGGCCACGGCCGGGCAGACGGUGCAGAGCAAUCUGCACAGAGCUGCCAUGGGCAUAGGAGCGAUGGAUCACGAUGUCGGUUUGCAGACCGGACCGGUGCCCGAGGGCGCGGCCGAGAUAUACCGGGUGGCACAGAGCGGAGACGCCACGUGCAAUGGCCUGUUCAGCCCCAUGGAGGGAUCCAGGAUUAUGACACUCAUGAAAGUCUCGCCACCUGGCCAGUGCCGAUUCCCCAGCUGGUUGACAGGGCAUUCCAGCGGAGGACUGACCUGGCACACCCUCGACCUGACCAGGUCCUACACGUUCCAUCCACGCAACGCUUCCCUGCACGUAACCAGAACGAACGGGACUGCCUCGAGAUUCGAAGGUAGUCCCCUCGAUGGCCAAUACGUACCUGGACAGGAAGAUCAGGACGUGAAAAUAUUGUGCAACAGCAUUAAACAGUCCAGCUCUGCCCAGGCAAUAACCAUGACUAUGCUGGUCGCCCACUUCACUGUCGGAUGUCGGAGCGGGUUCACGUGCAUGAGUUUUUACCGGAGGGACGGCCACGUGAUAGAGGUGCAAACCGGAAGCGCCGUUUCGAGACCGGAAGAAGCUUGCAGUUCGCCCCACUUCCAACAGCACAACAUACCUUUCCUCACCUUAGUCACGAGUUCCCCGGAGCCGCGUACGUGCCCGUACCUGGGCAAAUUCACGGUGACCGGCGUGAACCGGAACCAGCGGAACAUCCGUGAAAGCCGGAGGAACCAGCAGCAGCAGCAGCAGUACCAGCAGGAGGGUGUCAGACGUGAAAGAGAGAAGGUUCGACACGCCCAGGAGCGCACCCAGGAGGACCGACGGGUUCGGAAGCUCGAUUUCGAAGCUGAGAAACGUCGCGCGAACAACGAGUACCUCGUACACGAGCGUAUGGGCCGCCGCGCCAGAUCGAAUCGCAACAAUCGCAACCACCGCGAUCACAGCUUAGAAGAGAUGUCCUCGAAACGGAACAUGGACAUAGAGGACCUGCUGUACUCCAGAUCCAAGGUUAGGUGGCCCGAAGAGCAGGACGCGAGGUUGAAAGUGAGAAGAUCGCACGAUUUGGAGAAACGUUCGACCGAGGGUAACAGGUCCAGGAGGAACCCGAAGAUGGAGGACUUCCGGGUAGAUACGGACUAUUUCACGCGAAUCAGACAAUUUUGGAUGGCCGAUUUCGAGGACGACGGUUCGAGCAUGCUCGAGGUCCAGGAAGAUUACUUCGGCGAUUACCCGGACACAGCUGAUCUGCCCAAGAAGAGAUCGGGAAGAGAAGAGAGAAAGCUAAUGCCGAAUCUCCUUACCAGGACGAGAAGGGACGUCCACGAUCUCGAAUCCGAUGAUGGGUCCGCUGAGAGAAGGGAAAAGAGAGAAGAGGAUAUCUCUAGGUGCAGUUCCGAAGUCACUACUAUUACUAUUGGCUGCUCGACUGCGGACAGAAUGGAGUUUCAGACGGACUGCGUCGAAGACAACGCGAUUGCUUACUCGUGCCACGGUCGGUGGUUCGACGCUGAAGGCACCCAAUUCGUGAUCGCAACGCAAUUGGCGCCGGGCACGAGUUGGUCGAACGAGAACAACAGGCCGCAGCCGUACAGGAACACCCGCAGACUGUGCUUCAUGUACAAAGAGAGCGGCGGUGUCGUCAGUCUGACUGCCAGCGAGGUGGCCUGCCAGAGGGGAAUACCGCCACCCCCGCCGAUGUUGGCCUUCAACGCUACCAGUACCGGUCAGUGCAUGGAAGAGAACAGGGGCUUUGUUGCUCGAUCGACGUACCUGAUGAUCGUCACGCUGACGGCGAUCGUCGCGAUAUACAGGUGAUUCUAAUCGAACGGACGACGAUCUCGCGACCGUUAAAAAAAAGCAGAAUUCGACACAGUCAGUUUGUAAUCUGGGUUUCACAUUGGACACCGUGCGGGUGACGAGGUGGUGGUACACGUGUAUAGAAAUAAAUAAAUAUAUAUUAUAUAUACUCGCCUUCGUCGCGAAUCACACACCGGGGAUGAAGGAUCGGUCGAGCGACCGGCAAGGGGGAAAGGAAAGGAACAAUCGAUAAACUUUGAACACUCCUCUCUCCGUCAGCCUCUCUGAUCCGACAGAAUUUCAGAAGUACGAAGAAGAGACGAAAGAAGAAGCGAUAAGUAAACGAGAACAGGCGCUCCUCUUGAGGUCGAGACUCGUUCCAGCCGAGGGGGGUCUCUCCUGAUUCGAUUCGAUGCUGUGGAACGAAAAAUAAAGUCGCCUAUAAUAAAGAGACAAGAGGCAAAACUCUGAUUUCUUUCGAUGUAAGAGUUACACGAGAGGUCGGGUGAAGGAGAGAGAUAGAGAGAGAGAGAGAUGGUGCAGGGAGGAUCCGAUCAACGGAAGGGUAGCUCCUCGAAGGAAAUUUUUUUCCCCGAGGAAGAAGGAGGAACUGCUUGUUCCUUUUCCAGGGGGGUUGGCUCGUAAGAAAGGGUUCUUACCCCUCUGGUCAGUAGGUUUUUUACCGAUGUAGCUCAUAGGCACUAGCUAAUUAAAAAUCAAGUAAAGCUAACGAACGUAAUUACACACAACUUUUUAUGGUUAGACCAUAUCACGAGAGCGAGAUCGAUCGGAUUUAUUGGCGGAACGAACGAUGGUGGGGGGAACGGGGAAAUCUGGUCGCGAGCGAAAACAGCGCGAGAGAAAGACGGUGUCUCAUUUUUUAGUUAGUAAAAAGGACGAUCGACGAUGGUCGUUAUCUUUUAAGGUAGAAACUACAUAGCGAAUAGCUUUAAUAAGGCGCGAGCGGGAAGCAGCUUACUCGGCAAAUAUUUUUUACACCGAACACGUCUUUUCUUUCCACGAGGGCACGGUGUACCGUGUACACAUAUUGUAACGUAACUUGUAAUUAUGAUGAAGGAAGUGAUGGACGAACUUUUCUAUAGAAACAUCGAAGCUACCGUGGCAACGCACCGAUCUAACAUUUUUAAACGAGACAUGAAUUUCUCAUGAAUAGACUGCGGAUUUUUAUGCAAUACAAAACAUUCAGGAAACGUGCUGCAGCUGGAAAUUUCAUUCAUUAUUUAAGAAUCGUGAUAUGUAUGCAGUUUCCGAUGUUUCAUACAGUUUUAUACGUUCCUCUAUGCAUUCUUUAUAUGUACUAUUCCGAUUUUUUCCUAAAUGCAUCAAAUCCGCGGCCUAGUUAUGAAAGAUACAGGACCGAAUUUACAACGAACCGGACGUCGCGACGUCGCCGCCGCGCCAACAGGUUUUCGAUCGGUCGAUCCAGAAACUCGGACGACGCGGAAUUCAAUUACCAACGCGGAAUAUUAGCAGACGUAUUAAAAGUUGAUCGCUGUAUUACGUAACAGCUACAAAGGGUUAUUAGCCGUGUUAUAGCUGAGUGUAUGCCGUGGCUAUUAUAUAAUAGCCCCAGUAAUAGCCGCUGGCCGUAUUAAUAACCGAGCGGGAGGAAAAACAUAUUUCAAAGCUUCCGGGUUAGCUGCCAUUAUUUUUCUAUAAAAAGGAAUAAAACGCCGCGCGUCCCUUGUUUCGAAGACGGCCGAUGCCACUCGGAUCUCUCAAUCCAAAAUUAUUGCCGAGUAAAGAGUGAACAUAAAACUGAUCGAGAAUGCGAAAAAGGGUGUCAAGAGUGUCGAUGAAGUUAUCUUUAAAAGAGAUCUAAUACAGAUCUAGAACUAUUUCUUCUGUAUCGAAAGCAAUUGGAAAAGUUUCUUCCUUUUUUCAGUAAUGCGUUCCUCUAGAUUUGUAUUAGGCGCGAAAAUGGAAAAGAGCGAAGAAAGUAUCAGGGUCGAGUAAAAUUUAGUUUCGUAUCGCGAUUCAUCAAUAAAUAAAUUCGCCGUAUCGAUUGCAAGUUAGCGCGCUUGUUGCGAAUUUCGUGAACGGCCAAACGCAUACGUCGCUCCCGAUGAUGAAUUUAAUACAAAUAUUUCUGGUAUUUCGGGAACAACCACUAUUCCGAUCAUUCAAUUAACUUCAAUCGGGGCCAAUGUACAAUGAUGGCCAAUUUCGCGAGCGCCGCUGAAAUUUAUUUCAUCGCCUCGUGCUGAGGCCCCACUUCGCGAACGCUUUUUUAAUAAGUGCCACAGUUUUUCUCCGCCAUUACCGGCGAAAUCAGGCUGCGCGAAUUCGAAUACAAAUCGGAGCCGUGAACAGAUUUUUCGCGGAAAGCUUUUCCCGGCGCGCAACAGAGUUUUCACAGAUGAGGGAUGACGAAUCGUCCGAGGGGUAGCUAGGGGCGGGGAGGGGAGGUAUGUAUCGAUAGACGGCCGACCGUGUAAAGUGUAAAAUUGUAACUGUGAUGGAUCCUUCAGCCGUUGUAGCGACACGCGUUGAUCACGCGUUCCUCUUUCGCAACGUUCGUUCCGUACGACUCCGAUUCUUUCUUCGCUACGAUCUUACUCGUUCUCGUUUUUCCUUUGUCAUACGUUCCGCGUCGGUUUCCGGAAAAAGUUCCUUCGACGAUUAAUCUAUCGAUGGAUCGGUAAAAAGCAAUAUUGGAACGGAAAACAAAUCGUUUCAUGUUUAUCUACCCAUCGGUCCGAUAUUUUAAUGAAAAAACUGAACAAGUUAAAUAUUUUAUAUUGAUAUUUCUAAUUUAAAUAUUUUGUCUGUUCCAACAGAUUCUUGAAAUAAUUCAUUGAUCGAAAAUUGCAUUUUACGUAGGAAGGAAUUCUUCACGGGAAGCGAACGCGCGCGUUAACGUAAGCAAUAAGCAAUAAAAGUUCACGCAACGGCUCAACUGUGUGCACGAAAGAUGUUGCGUUUCGUACGAAACUGAUAAAGAUCGCGAGAUUGUGCCGGGGAUAGAUAGUUUCUAUGGCACUGGUUUGUCGGCGAAUAAGAGAGAGAGAGAGAGAGAGUGCGUGAUAGAGCGGGAGAGAGCGAGAGAAAGAAAGAGAGAGAGACAGAAUUAUAGGACCGAUCGAUCGCGAGGGUAGGACGCUACGAUAUUAUUGUAACUAAUACAGAGUCUAUAUUAUAUUAUUGUACAAGCAUCUUUGUAAUAAUUAACCCGGACCGAGUGACGAGAGAGGAAAAACGAAACGGGGAAGCACCGUAGAAGAGUACGCAACAAAUGCAUAGAAGGCGCAGAAAAAACGUUGAAAAAUCACAAAAAAAAGAGAGAGCGAACGAUGAAAGAGAAGCCAAUCGCUAUUUUACCACUUUUCCAGUCGCGUUAAACGUAGUUUUUACGCCGUCACACUUCCCUUCCCGUUCAUUUUUGCGACGAGAGUAGCCCUGCGAUCCGAGAGACAAAAGAUUGUCCUCCAUAGCCGGUAAAAUUUAUUCGCCUAUUUUUCUCACUUUUUUACAUGUUAUCGACGACAAAAAUUUCUUUGCUCCAAAGACUCCCUUUGCGCGAGGGAACAUCUUAUUGGAAACGAGCGCGGCAUCGAGCGUAACAACGUGGAUAGGAUAAAAAAAAAAGAAUGCCUGUCGGCGUCGUGGUGCUUCUUCCUAGAAGAGAAGAAAAUAGCGGAGGGGAAAAUGUCCGCAGAGCAUGCGGAAAAAUGCGACGGAUCAAAGGCCCCUCACGGAGGCGUCCAUUUAAUCGAGUGAAAGACGCGCUCCUUUUCAGGGUUCUCAGAAGAAGAGAAGGACCGAUCGACUUUCGUUAGGCUUCUCUUGGCCGAGUACCUUCUCGGCAAGUUACUUUUACCGUCGUUGCGCACAGAAAAUCAUGGAUUACCGAGCCUUCCUAUCAUCUUUUUCUUUACCGCGUCUCCUCUUUCCCUUCAACGAUUUUACGUCUAUUUUUUUUUCUUAUUUCGUUCCCUUCGAGUAGAGUCACUUUAGCGGUUAGGACUUUUAAAACGAUUAGCACCUUAGACACCGUACCGUACCUAAGAAGAUGCAGUGUAUUUAGCGUUAACCUUAAGGUUAUAGCGAUUAAGGAUUACUCUAGCUUCAUAGGGGUAAUAAGCUCAUUGUGACAGCAAUCAGAGGUGCCCCGCGGUCGGAACCAUCUCCAACCAUUUCAUCUUUACGCUUCUUAACGAACAGUCUCGGUUCCCCGGUGCAGCUUGGAGCGUGCGUGAGAAAUACACCGAGGAAUUUUGUGCAAAAUAAAUCGAUUAAGAAAAUUCAUUUCUUUUAUGAUUUAAGCACUGCAAUAUAUGGGCACUUUUCGUACAAUUUUACGCAUCAGAUGCAACAGUUAUCUUUUUGCAAAUGCAUCAAAUCCACAGUGUAACGAUAAAUGUCAAAGAACAUAAUAAGACAGCGGGCGGCAAAAUUGCUUAGAUAUUCAAAUUUCGGAAACAGUCCCGGGGUGCAUGAUGUUUGAACUAUCAUACCGAAAGUCAAAUAUUGGGAGGCGAAGUCGAUGGCCGAUCGAAAUUCUACAAGUUUAAACGGGUCGCCAAAGUCUCGCCGCAAAUUACCGAUUCGACGACUAAUCGGAUUAGCCGAGUUUCUCCUGUUCGGAACCGUGGACGACAGUCAAUAAGAAAACAAAUUAAGGAAGUCGAAAUCAAUCGUCCAGACAGAUGGGUGAAAGGUCCGUUUGCACAAAGUCUGCAGUCCAAAGAUAAACAGUGAAAGUAUUUUCUGUAUAAUAGAUGAAAAUGGAAAGAGUAGUGUAUCGCGGGUGUUCUAUUCGUGGUUAUUCUAUUACUUUCGAUUUGCCCGACACAAACAACGCCGAGGGAUUUGAUAAUUAUCAGAGCAUCCCCAAACAUCGUUACUGACCGACCGCCUAUGCUCGCGCUGCCGGCCUCUCGUCAAACAUUAUGCGCUUCGCUUAAUGAGAUUGAUGCAAUCGGUCGACGCAUUUAAUCCAGUUAAUUUACAUUGAGUCCUAAUAUCGCACGCGAAUAUUCCGCUAAUGCAGUCGGUAAUGAGAAACAGAAAAUUGCUUGCGCACACCCUAUGAACCCCGCCGUUCCACGCGCGCGCGAUACACCCACCCACUGUCUGUUCCCGACUUGUUCACGCUCGUGCCCCCUUGUUUUCGUUGAAUCAUCUCGAAUUUUACACGGUAGAAGUUAAUUCAAUCAAAAUUCGCGACCGAUCUCGAUCGCAUCGACGCUUUCCAAUGACCAAGGACCAUAAUUUUUAUUUUCGUGGCCCGCUUUGACGCGUGAACGGAAAAAGUUUAAUCGUGAGAGAAAAAAAUGGGGCGAACUAAAUUAGUCGAGCGAGGCGAGGGUAGGAGGUAACAGUUGGGGCAGAGGACGGGGGACAAAGAUGAGCUGGAUGUCGUGGGAAUCCAGCGGGAAAAGCGGGCAGAGAGUCAGAAACAGGACGCGUUUACGCGACCUGGAUGGCGGUUAACGAUUUUAUGGAAACCCGUCUAAUAGGAUUAUCGGAUUACUUCCGCGUCGGUGCGGGUGCUCCACCGCGGUUUAUUAUUCCCCACACAGUGGAUUAUAAGCUCGUUCUUGAAUCUUAUUCGUCUCGUAUAACAGUCUCUAUGCGCGCAGCGCCUCAGGACGCGAUUCGUGAAAACGCUGCGGUUCACUCGCGUACGAAAUUAGCACCGGUUCCGAAUGUUGCGAAUCUAAUUGCGCGAUGGUUAAUCCGCGCUACUGUGAUUUCCCGGACGAUCUUCGCUAAACAACCGUUUAACGAGCUCGCGGAAUUAGAAUCGUGCUUCUACGCUGUUUCAGCCACAAUAACAAUGGUAAUUAAAACCUAACUCGCUAUCAAAGAAACCUUUAAUGAUGCCGCGUGACGCAUCCACUGAUUCGAAAGAUUCGAGAGAAUGGCCAUAUGGGAAACGGGUGGCACCCCGCUCGAACGGCUCGCGUACGCUCCAGCGAACCGGGGACGUUUUCAAUCAAGGGACAAUCAUCCCUCGACUUCGAAUCGAAUCUUUUUAUCGAAUCAUCGCGGCCCAUCGUUUCCCUUCUUCCGAAACGUCAGCGGCCGAUCAUUGAACAACGACGGGGAAAUACACUUCUUUCGCGGCGAGGGUACAUAUACGGAGCAAUAUAUGAGAGCGUGUGUGCGCGUGCGUGGUUAUGUGUGUGCAUGUAAGACAGAUUCAACUAUAAAGGACAGAGUCCGAGGGUAGAGUGAGUACCCUAAUGGAGGAGGCAAUAUUUUAUAAUACGGACAAAACAUACCACCUGAGAAUAUCCGAUACUUUGUUACUUUGAUUUUCAAUAAAUAACUAUUAUCGGUGUUACAACAAAGUCACCUGCAAUCAAUCCUUCCGAAUCCCGAGCGUUCAUUCAAUUAAUUGAAAGUUAACUCCUAGGAUACGCGUGCAUAGAAAUGAUCACGAUCAGACAACGGAUUUGACCCACUUGGUAAAAAACUUUGAUGUGCACAAGUAGACAUCGUUAUCUCUCAAGCGCAAAUGGAAUCUCAAUUUAUAUUUCGUUCUUUAAAAGUUGUUUCUUGUAUAAAAAUCCGCAGUCUGCUCGUGAUACAUGUAUAUUAUCGUGUACUAUGUGUGCGUUUAAUAAAAGGACCGCGGGGCAAGAAAGCGAUCUGGUGUACGGGGACGGUAGGUGCGCUCUUGAAACUUUCAAACUCGCCCGAUUCGAAUUGAAAAGCGCAAACUUGCUUUGAAACGCUUAACGAGCUUUUCUAAACAUUCAGUCCAUAGCAUCAGUGAAACGUUCGAAAAGAGACUAAUCACGGCGGAAAAUUAUGAAUCACCUCGUCGCGUCACGAUCCACUGGGUCACGGCCAAUGAAAAAGAGACUUCGCUCCUUGUUUAGCGAUCUGGGGCAAAAGAUUUUUCCAGGAAAAUAAUCUACGCGACCGUUUAUAUGUAUCCUUCGCUUCAAAGACUAUCUAAAUUGGAUGAACUCGACCAAAUUUCGUUUUGUUAUUUGAUUUUCCAAUAAGAUACUAAGUCUUGUGAACGCGGGUGUACAUGGAUAGGCGUACGCUUUGGUGAAACGGUUAAUAGAAUGUCGAUUCUCUGGAUGACACGUGUCGGAUGUGAUCGGGGGAUAAAAGCUGCCGGGACAAACGGUGUCGAUAAAGCUGGAACGACUCGCGAACGAGCUCGUCGGUGUACAAGCUACUUUUUUUUUGUUAGCUCUGUUAUUUGUUUGUUCCGUUGUUUGUUCGUUCGUUACAAAAAGUAUCUCGCGAGGACGACUGACAUGCUUCUUGCAUCGUAAAAUAAAACCAAUUCCCGAUUUACAUUGUAUCAGUAACAAAGCGCUGUUACAUCAGUUCCAUACUAUCUACUCGCAGCUUUUCGUAACUGUACAUUCGUCUUCAACGGUAUCUCUUCAUUAUUCUGCGAAAGCUCAUACUUCAAAGAAAUCGGUAAUAGCGUUCUAUUGGUAAAACCAUAGCACCGGAUGUAACAGAUAAAAAUGGCAAAAAUAACUAUUAUUAUAUUUUACUUUACGGGUUUAUGUAAGAUUCAAAAGAAUGCGACUUAUUAUUAAUUAUUUUAUAACGAAGCAAAAUAUGUUGCAAUUUCGGUUGUGCGCGUAGAUUAAUCGCGUUGGCCGAUUGAGCGCGACGAGCAGAGCAUGGGAGACGGGUUGGAAUCGUGCGCCGACCUCCACGCUCGAUUACGACUUUUCAGCUAGCAUACUACUGUGCGUUGCGAAUUGUGCAAUCACGUCGAAUCAACGAAGCGGCGCGACGCUCGCAAUCGAGCCCGAUUAAAGAUCGGCAUGCGAUCGCUCCCCCCGGACACUGAUAAUUUGCAGAAUCAUUUGCCAGUGUAAUUGACGCCGUGGGGUAGUUGGAAAACCGACCGAUCUGCGUUUUAUAUACCCGUUACCUUGAAAUUACCAAACUAUUAUUUCAUGAAUGUUCUCAUCGUGUCAUAUCGCACUUUAUUUCAUUACUCGAUGAAAACCAAUCGAUCUUCUAUUUAACACUCGUUUGUUUCAAUGCAGAACGUACAGUAGUUUUCUGAAUUACGGAAUUCAAACGACUUACAAUAGAUUAUUCCUGCGAUAAUCGAUUGAUCCUGAUAAAACCAACGAAGAAGUAAUUUCAAGGUGAACUUUUCUAUGUCAUGAUCGUUUAGUAUUAUUAUCAGACGUACAGAUAAUAGACCGAUCGUCCCCGUUGUUCCGGAGUAAAAAAAAUACUGAACGAAGUUAAGAUAAGAGGAGGUUAGUGUAGUUUGGAUGAAUGACGAAAAAGCAAUAGCGCGUGAACGGUGCGUGAACAUGUGGGAGACGAGUGUCGUGAUGAAAGAGAAACGCUUUGCGAAUGACGAGUAUGUAAGCUACCUGUGCCUUGUAACAAACUAUGUAUGUAUAUACGUAUUAUACAUAUACGCAUGGUCACACGAGGAGAGAGAAGUACAUACAUACGUACAUUAUAUACGACACAUGUAACGCGUAAAACUUUCACGGUAAUCUAUAUAUGUUUAAUGUCGGCAUCUCUUCUGGAACGCAGCAUGGAAAGUGAUCGAGUCCCCUCUCGGAAUUUCGUUGAAUGCGCGCGCGUGCUCGAUAACACGGGAAAAACGACGGAACGGAAGUGUGCCAGCGAAUAGAAAAGGAAAGAUGACGAACCGUUGUUGAAUGAAACUGAUGAAAAUAGCAAUAAUCGAAUCUCAGACUGUACUAUUAAACGGGCAAAGUGUGCGGGAAAGAGAUUGAUGAAGAGUGAACGCAAUUUUUGUUGUCGCGGCGGCGACGCGCGAGCGUGUUAAUUAUUAUAAAUACUGUUACAGUGUCUUGCUACAUUGGGGAGAUUAAAAUAAAAAAUCUCGAAGCUCGAA